AUGACGGUCACGUACGGUGUCGAGAAGUGUCCGGACAAGUUCGACGAGUAUCGGUGCAGCCUGCCGGAGCAGUACCGGAAGUUGGCGGCGGAACAGCUGCGCGAGGAUGAUCUGAUCCGGAAGCAGGCCAUCGAUCAGAUGCGCCAGUGGAUAGCGAAGCAUCCGUACAUCCGCCGGUGCCGUACGGAUUCGGUGUUUUUGCUGCGGUUUUUGCGCCAGCGCAAGUUUUCCAUCCCGAAGGCGUGCGAAAUGCUGGAACGGUAUCUCGCCCUGCGGCAAACGUUCCCGCACUGGUUCCAGGGGUUAGACCCGUUCGAUAAGACGAUGCAGGCGCUCGGCGAGGAAGAUGUCUUCCAUGUGCUGGGAUUCGACGCCAAGGGACAGAUCGUGAUACUGAUCAAAUCGCGCAACUUUCGCGUGGACAAGUACGAUCUGGUCGAUCUGAUACGGUUUCUGCACAUGAACAUGGAGAUCCUGUCGUGCGACGAGCUGGUGCAGGUGGCGGGCGUUGUGCUGGUGGUCGACUGCUACGAAGCGUCCAUGGCCCACUUCACGCUGUUCCGGCUGAGCGAGAUGCGCAACAUUGGUCCGUACAUCAAUCACCUGCUCCCGAUCCGCUGCCGGGAGAUCCACGUUAUCCGGCUGCCGAAGGUGGCCGCGUCCAUCGUUGACCUGCUGUUCACCUACGUCAGCCCGAAGCUGAAGCACCGAUUCUUCUUCCACAAGACAAUCAACGAGGCAGUAAGCUACCUGGGCAAGACUCUGCUACCGACCGAGUACACCGAGGAAACUGAAGAACCGAAGGCACUGACACACGUCUACAGCAAGCGCAUCCGCGAGAGCCGCGAAGAGCUGCAGAUGCUGGACCAGAUGGAGAUAGAUGUGGCAAAGUUUUCGUCCGUCUGGAGCAAGACUGGCAGUGCACCGGGCGGUAUCGAUACGGGCAUGGUGGGCAGCUUCCGCAAGCUGGACAUCGAUUGA